CUGGGCCGCGGCGGGACUGGAGCCCGCCCCCCGCGCGUGGGGGAGGGGGCGCUGCAACCGGGUUCCCCUUUUUCUGCAGCGCAAAGCCUGGGGAAGUGAUUGCUCAAAGGGGGGGCCCGGAAGAACCCAGGUUUCCGCGUCUCCCGCCCCCCCUCCCCCUGGUGGGGAGGGGCCGAGGCAGGACACCCGGCCCGCCCCCGCCCCCACCCCAUUGGAUCUGGCAGCGGCUCAGCCCCGCGAGUCGCAGGGGAAGCGCUGCGCCCCCGACCCCAGCCGAUCGAGGGCUCCCGGCGCCGGCCUGCCUCCAGAACGUCGCAGGAGUUCCUCCUGCCGUCUGACUUGAGUCGGUGCUGCUGCAGUGCACGCCCCUUCGGCAGCCAGGGUGGGGCCCAGAACGAACCUGGCCCCUUCCGCCCCCACCUGCCUUUGGGUCGCUGACUCCCAGGCUGUGGUGAGGGUCCCGGAGCCAGCACCACAGAGCCCGGGUGACCUGGUCCACCCACCCAUGCCCACCCCGCAUGAGGCUGAGAAGCAGCUCACAGGGCCAGAGGAGGCAGACCAGCCCCCCUCAAUGUCCAGUCAUGAUGCGGCCCCCCCGGCUGCCGCCAGCCGCAGCCCCUGCUGCCUGUGCUGGUGCUGCUGCUGCAGCUGCUCCUGGAAUGAGGAGCGGCGGCGAGCGUGGCGUGCCUCCCGGGAGAGCAAGCUGCGGCCCCUCCCCAGCUGUGAGGCGUGCGCCACGCCAAGCCCCGAGGAGGUGCGGAGCUGGGCGCAGUCCUUCGACAAGCUGAUGCACAGCGCGGCAGGCCGCAGUGUGUUUCGGGAGUUCUUGCGCACAGAGUACAGUGAGGAGAACAUGCUCUUCUGGCUGGCCUGUGAGGAGCUCAAGGCUGAGGCCAACCAGCACGUGGUGGACGAGAAGGCGCGGCUCAUCUACGAGGACUACGUGUCCAUCCUGUCCCCCAAGGAGGUGAGCCUGGACUCCCGGGUACGGGAGGGCAUCAACAAGAAGAUGCAGGAGCCAUCUGCACACACAUUCGACGACGCGCAGCUGCAGAUUUACACACUCAUGCACCGGGACUCCUACCCCCGCUUCCUCAGCUCCCCCACCUACCGCACCCUGCUGCUCCGGGGGGGCUCCCAGUCCUCCAACGAGGCCUAGGCCGCACUGAGGCAGCACAGACACACGACCCCUCCCGUGGGCAGAGACUCAGAUUGCCUUCGCAAGUGUGUGUGUCCACAAGUGGGGGGCACACGCACAGGGCCGGCACCCCUGGGGCAGUCCCAGGCAGGACCUUCAGGUGCAGGCUGAGCCAGAAGCCCCAUCCUGCCCAGGGGACCUAGUGCCCCAAGGUCUUGCUGAGAGGCAGGGGUGAGAGCCCCUCCUACCCCAGUCCCCCGCCGGCCAGCCCUGUGCUCUGCACAGCGAGAAGAACCCUCCCAGGGGCGUCUGGGGCCCAGCAGCCUCCCCUGGGCCUCCUCCCUGGCAGCCGUGCUGGAGAAUGGAGCCUCUGCACCAUCUACUCCGUGGUGGGAGGAGGCCUCCCUGCUUGAGCCGUCCACACCCGGAACCAGGCCCAGAACCUCAAAACCAGGCUCAAGGCAACAGGACCCGGCUUCUCUCUUACACAUGCAUUAACUUUAAACCUGGAAACAUGUCCUCACUGAGUGUUUUAUCAAAAAAAAGUUUUCAUAUUUAUCUCCAGUU